UGUUUAAGCAAAUACGUCAUCACAACAACGGCAGCAUGGACACAGAAGCUGGCAGCUCUCGAAACCCGGCCCGCUCAGAGCAACUUUCUACACAGUACCAUCAUUUAAAAGAGUUUUAAGAAAAAGUCAGUACCGACCUGGAUGGCAAAAAUAUAACGUUUACUUGUAAACUUUGUCCACCUGGAUUGAAGAAGACCGUCCGUACGUCGGUAAGUCUUUAGCCAACCUUAAACGGCACAUCGAAAUAAAGCAUGCGACAAGCCUUGCUAGGUAUCUGCGACUGCGAGCAUGUGCGAUCAAGAAAGAGACGGCAACGGUUGGCCAGAGCAGUACCUCUGCCACCCAAAUACCGCUAACAGCAUACCAGAAUGGCCCCGUUUUCUGUCUCUCCCAGCCGCAGCUAGACAACCUAGUUCUGCAGUAUAUUGUGGCAGCACAAUAGCAGCAAGGUUUUGCUUAUGCUUAUGAAAAUAUACUGUAAAUAAAAGCUGUAGAGCUGCUAUUGUGUGGACUGAAUGAGUGGCAGCAAAGCAUGGAAAUCCCAGUAAUCUGAGGGCUGCCCACUCAUUGCUAGUGUAAACCCUGGUUGGACAAGGAUUUGAAAUUGAAUAUGAAGAUGAAUCUGACACAUAGUUUCAGUAUUAAAAGGAUACAUGAAUUGCUGUCUGUGAUUCUAUAUGGACACUGCCAAUAAUAGCUUGCAACAAUUUUUGGCGAACAAAAAGAACUGAACUACAAAAGUUCAUUUUUUGGAACCAUGAACUUUAGUUCAAAAUUUUGAAUUAUGAACUUUGAACUGAACAGUUCAUUUUAAAAUUUGUGAACUGCAAUUUCAACUAGUUCAUGUAGAAAAUGAACUUUCCCAACACUGGUUUUGGCUUCAUCGAUAUUUCGAACAAUGAUCUGCAUUUUGAAUUUAUUUGACUAUGUUAGAUCUGAUCUAACAUAGUCUAACAUAGAUUCGAUCUAUUUUUUUUUUUUUAUUGGCAUGCUAAGCAGGUACCAUUGACUCACAUUAGCUUAGCCACUACGCACCCUGAAACUAACAAAUAACUGACAAACUGCACAGAAUUUGUGAAAAUAAACUCCACUGACUAAUUUAAACCCCCGCUAACUCGAUGAUUAAGCCGAAUGUCAAAAAGUCUGAACAUCCCCUUUAAAAUAAAGACCUAGCUGUUAAAAUUUUGUCUAUAAAAGUUGUAAAGCAAUAAAAAGAACAACAAAAAUGAAUGAAAUGAACAAGAUUCCUACAAAUUAUUUCAUAAUUGUUCUAAAUUAUUUUUCAAACAGAUCAUGUGACUAGCACCUUAGAGAAGGUCCUUUGCUUUGCUUAGCCAAACUACACCUGAGGAGGCUAUAUGGAUAUUUCAAAUUUCCUUGAACCUAAACUUUCAAAAGCUUCAACAACAACUGAGCUUGAACCAAGAAUUAAACACGAACAGUGUCAAGAUGUUUAUAUUUAUAAUAUAUAUUGCUGACACUGUUUCGGGGUCAUCAACAUGUUUUGAUGAAGUCAAAAGUCAAACUCCGCCUAUGGACAUACAUUUGAAGUGUCCGAGAUCAAUGUGUCAAUAAAUGAGCAGUUCGUACAGACCGUUCAUGUCAGGUGAGCCAGCUGCUUUCACACUUAAGAUGACGGCUGCAGUUGGUAGGGAGACAGACGCGCUCAUCGAAAAAGCCAAAUAAGGCUCGGGAGCCAUACGAUACUGACCCUCAUUAUAAUACAUAUUCUGAUGUCUAAGGCUUUGAUGUUGACUGUUCCACGUUUGACCAGAGCAUUAUUUGCACAUUCAUCGUUGAUAUAUUUACCUUUGGACCACAAAGCCCGCAAGUUUAUCCCUGUGUACUUAUUCAUGAUGUAUUAACACAAACCUUGCUUAAAAAAGGGUAAAAACCCAAGAAAAGACAGACCUCUUUCACUGUCAGUUCUGUGCCGUUUGGACUUUCCCGUAACUUGUCAUAUACACACCAGCAUGAGAUGGAAACUGGUAUAAGCUACCCACACACACACAACACACCACAAUCACAACAGACCACUUCCUGCCCCUUUUGACGCUGACACGAAAAAAAAAAAAAAAUGCUUCCACUUAUUCACAGGUAUCAAACUCAAGGCCUGAUAUUGUCCGCCACAUCAUUUUGUGUAGCCUAUUAAUGCAAUUUUCCCCCCCUAAGCAUUAACUUAAUGUUUAAAAAAAAAAAAAUGGAAUCCUCUAUGAAAGAUUGAAGACUGAAAACGAUAUCAGAAUAUUUAUAGUUUCGCUUCUUAAAAAAAAAAAAAAAGAAAUCGAAUACCUUAAAAAAAAUUAAUCAAAAAUGUAAAAAAUAAAACUCCUAAUUAAAUUCAUUUUUCUUUGUUUAAUAAAGGAAAUAUAUUUAAAUAUAUAAAUACAUUUUUUAAAAAAAAGAAAAUUUACUGAUUUUCCCAUUUUCUUUUAAAACAAACAAUAUAAAACUGAAAAAUAAAAAAUGUAUGCUGUUCAGAGGCUCAAAAAAGGAUUUUGAUAAUUUUGGGAUCAACAAUCUCUAAGCAAUUCAUCGACUUUUAAAAAAUAUCAAUUACUUUGAUAAUCAAUUCAUUGUUGAUUAUUUGAUCACCGUAUUUUUUGCGCUAUGAGGUUUAAUUUUCUCAAAAGCCAUCAUUGCGCCUUAUAAUCCGAUGCACCUUAUAUCGUAUGGAUCAAUAUCGGUUACUCAUGGCAUGACAUUGCAUUUAGCGCAGCUCCAUCUAGUGGAUGCAUUACGCAACCCCAAUCACAACCAAUGUUCCCUCUAAGCUGUGCGCAUCCGCAAUCUCGCACUACUUGCACAUACUCAGCGCACAUGAAAAUCUAUGCAGUGCACAAAAUAAAAUUCAGCAGAAACAUAUCAGCGUAGCCCUAGCAUCACUAGGGCUACUUUUGGCGCCGCAGUGACGUAUCAGCGCGACACUCCUAUCGGUGCGUUCGAUACGGCAAAGCGAUGCUCCGAUUGAUGCGUUCGAUACGGAAACGCCGUGCUAAAUUGCUGACGCAACAUUUGCAAGUGCUACAGCAUUAAUUAAUAUCUAAUUUUAGAACUGAUGUAAUCUAGUUGAUUAGACCAACAAAAUUGAUUUCUGUCCCAUUUUGCAACGUAACUUAUUGAACAACAGGUGUCUAGCCAAUAAUACGAUAAAAUUUACUUCACUUAGGCUACGCAGCCAAUCAUAGCAUCGACAGUGUUGCGCAUUUGUGCCCUGCCCAAAUGUGCCGUGCAGGUUAGCUUGAAACAACAGUGCAGCAGAGUUAAGAGAUGCAAAUGCUAACCCCUUAUCAUGGUGAAAGGAACGGGCAGAGAUACUAAACUUAUCAAGCAAAAGUAUACAUCUCAUGAACAAAGGUUUUUGUCUUUUCAUUUUAAGUGGGCCAAAUCAAUUACCGUAUUGGCCCGAAUAUAAGACGGCUCUGAUUAAAAGACGACCCCCUCUUGUUCAAGACUCGAUUUGAAAAAAAGACUUUUUGAACACCAAAUUAAUUUAUAUACAGAAAAUAAUUAAAUUUCCUCUGAAACAAAUAAUUAUAACAAUAUAUUUGAGAGAAAAAGCAUGUUAUUUUGCCUCAUUCAAAUCUUAAUACCUGAACAUUUAAAUAUGUAAACUAAAGUGCAAUCACAUUCGUAAAUAAAUGGCUUCUGGUUUUUGAAAUGUAAACAAACCAAUCUAUUGUGAUAAAACAACAAAAUUGCAAUAACUGCAUUAACCAUAAGGGGUCGAUUUGGCCUGGGGAGUCAAGUUCAGCAUUCGCUUCAAUGAUGUCUGGCGCCAUCUAGCGUCGUGAAUUGGUAUAAUGUCAAGACCCCGAAUAUAAAACGACCUCUACUUUUUCAGUCUUAUUUCAAUGCAAGAACACUGUCUUAUAUUCGGGCCAAUACGGUAUAUCAAAACUAAACCAAUUAAAAUUGCUUCUGUAAUUUUAUUUUUUUUGUUGAGCCAUGUAACUUGCUAUGAUCCAAGGUUUUGAACAAGGCGUGAUACUGGUGUGUGGCCACAGCGUACACAUCUGAUGUUGCUCACAGUGGUCCUCAAUGUGCUCAGGGAGCUUGUGUGUCUGCUCAGACGCAUGAAAAAUUACAGGGAACACUGAUCACACUACUACUACUACUGUGCCUUACAAUGAACUAAGUGAACAAUAUGCAAGCAGGGUGUGGAAACAGUAAGUGAUAAGCUACUGCCAUUUAUAAAAAUUGAUUAAUUGAUUUGAGUAGUGAUUAUUUAGUCAGGUACAGUUUGAACUUACAUCUUUCUACAACAGAGUAUUGGUCUUACUAUAGAUUCGUCUGCCAAACUGUGACUAAAGGCAACACCCGAUCGGAUAGAUUGUUUGGACAAUCCCUCAGUUUUUUUGUUUUUGUUUUGUUUUUUGAUUCUCUGGGUAAAACUGUGACUUCAUUCUGUCCCAGAAGACAACCAUGGCUUGUUGAGAACCAAACCUUUGAAAGCAGGAUGUAGCGAGACGGGGUGAAGGAAGUGAUAGUCUGGAAGCGACAAGGGGAAGCUGGAGGUUUUUAAAUUGGGACUCAAAUAGGGAACACAAAGUUGUCACGAAAGUCACAUCUGAUGCACAAACAGGUCCUCCUCCACUUUCCAAAAGGGGAUCAAGAAAGAUUAAUAGGUUGCAGCGCUAAACACAAUAAAUUACGUAGAAUCCACAUAUAUAGUUAAAACAGACGAUUAUGUACAGUGGUAUGAAAAAGCAUCUGAACGUUUUGGAAUUUCUCACAUUUCUGCAUAAAAUCAUCAUCAAAUAUGAUCUGAUCUUUAUCAAAAUCCCACGAAUAGAAGACGGGGGAAAAAUAAGUAAGUGAACCCUUUGCCUAAGGAGACUUAAAGAGCAAUCGAAAUCUAUUUUUAUCGAACAUUUUAAGUCAGGUGUAUGCCCAAUCACUGAUGAGUGGUUUGAAGCUGCCCUGCCCACUAUAAACCACACACCUGGUAAGAAAUGUCUUGAUGAGAAGCAUUGUCUUAUGUGCAUCAUGGCUUGGUCAAAAGAGCUGUCUCAAGACCUGCGAUUUGUAUAAAGCUGGGAAAGGAUACAAAACCAUCUCUAAAAGUCUGGAUGUUCAUCAGUCGACACUCAGAGAAGUUGUCUACAAAUGGAGAGAGUUUGGCACUGUUGCUUCACUCCCAAGGAGUGGCCGUCCACCAAAGAUGACGGCAAGAGUUCAGCGCAGAAUACUCAGAGAAGUAAAAAAAAAAAAAAAAAAAAGAACUGUGGACUGUCUGCUAAAGACCUACAGAAAUCACUAAAACCAUCCAAUAUCUCUGUGCACACAUCAACUAUAGGUAAAACUAUGGCCAAGAAUGGUGUUCAUGGGAGGACUCCACGGAGGAAGCCACUGCUGUCUAAAAAAACAUUGUUGCUCGUUUAAUGUUCGCAAAAAGGCACUUGGACACUCCAUAGAAGUUGUGGCAAAAUGUUUUGUGGAGUGAUGAAACCAAAGUUGAAUUGUCUGGGAGUAACACAUAAUGUCAUGUGUGGUGGAAAAAUGGAACAGCUCACCAACAUCAACACCUCAUCCCCACAGUGAAGCAUGGUGGCAGGAGCAUCAUGAUUUGGGGCUGUUUUGCUGCCUCAGGGCCUGGACAACUCGCAAUCAUUGAUGGAAGAAUGAAUUCAAAAGUCUAUCAGGAUGUUUUGCAGGAAAACCUGAGGCCGUCUUUCAGACAGUUGAAGCUAAAGAGAGGAUGGAUGCUGCAACAAGACAAUCAUCCAAAACACAGAAGUAAAUAAACUUCAGAAUGGUUUCAGAAGAACAAAUACACGUUCUGGAGUGGCCAAGUCAAAGUCCAGACUUAAACCCCAUUAAGAUGCUGUGGCAUGACCUAAAGACAGCGAUUCAUACCAGACAUCCCAGAAAUCUGACUGAAUUACAGCACUUUUAUAGAGAAGAAUGGGCCAAGAUUAGUCCUGAUCGAUGUGUCAGACUGGUCUCCAGCUACAGAUAGUGUCUGGUUGAAGUUAUUGCUGCCACAAGGGGAGGCCACAAAAUAUUAAAUGUGAUGGUUCACUUACUUAUUUUCCCCCCUUCUGUCAUUGUGUACAUACUAUCCUCAAUAAAAUAUGAAAACCUAUGAAUGUUUGGGUGGUUCUAGUUAAAGCAGACACUGUUUUUUCAUCUGUGUGAUUUUGACAACAAUCAGCUCACAUUUGAUGGUGAUUUUAUGCAGAUACUGUGAGAAAUUACAAAAGGUUCAGAUACUUUUUCAUACCUCUGUAUAUUGAUACGUUUUCUUUGACUAUAUAAGAAAAUGUGAGGCUCUGAUAGAAAGUACAGGAAGUCAUGAAUGGAACAUACUGACCUUUUUUCUUUUAACCUGAACCACAGAAACAACAUUCACCUCAAAAAAAAAAAAAAAAUAAAAAAAAAAAAUUCUUUCUUCCUUUCUGCAAUGAAUAAAAAAAAAAAAAAACAUCUCUUAUAAGUGAUGUUAGCCACAUAAAAUAAAAUAAAAUAAAAUAAAGAUAACAUUACAGUAGCUUCCAAUGAUAUUAAAUGCACCUUUUAGAAAUAAAACCUCACUUGUUUGGUGACCAAUCUGGCUCACUUUGCAUCUGUAUUUUAAUAUUGGUCAAUAUAGUGGAAUGUCUGGGGUGGCCUUACACUACAAGAUAAUCAGCCAAUUUACUGUCUCUCUUUUGGAUCAGUGGGGUGGGGGCUUUGUCUAGAUCAGGGCCAAAACUCAUAUAAUUAUGUGAUAUAUUAUUAUAUUAUUAUAUAUUAUCAUCAAUAUUUUCAAGUGUGAGCAUUUAAAUAACCAAUCUGAACCUUGCCACGUCGGUCGUAGAACAAUCAGAAGCCUUCGUGGCAGCCCCGAUCAUGUUCAAAAAUGUAUGAUUUUGAUGUGGACCGACUACAUUUAAAGCAAAGCAGCGGGUGGACAGAAUUAUUUGUAUUCAACACCUCUCAGGAAAAAUAGUUUGGAUCAUUCCGCUUAAAAACAACUUGCAAUAUAUACAGGCUGUCCCAAAAAUGUAUACAAUCCUAAGCCGUUGGCAACCAAACUGUCUAUGGAUUUCUUUGUAGAUUAAACCCAUUGAAUCAAUGAUGGCAGCCAGACUAAACUUUAAAGAAAGAAAAUUUAUUCUCAAAUGCUACUGGAAUUAUGAAAAUGCAGUUCAAGUGUAAACAUGUCAUGCAAAAGGGUGUAUACAUUUUUUGGGGACAUCUAGUAUAUAUUUUGUUUUGACAGCUUGAUGAGUAUUAUAAUCAUUUAUAAUAAUAAUGAUAGCAGUUUAUUAUUGAUAACAACAAUAAUAGCAGUUUUCUUAGCAUAUGACAAAAUGUACAGUAUUAAAAAGAAAAAUAUUUGUACUGUAUAUUCAUAUUAUUUAUUACAUUAAUUAUUUGUCAAGGCGGCACGGUGAGUUACUAGCAUGUCUGCCUCACAGCUCUGAUAUCAGGGAUUCAAGCCGGCCUUCCUUGUGUGAAGUUCUCCCCGUACCCACGUAUGUGGGUUUUCUCAGGGUUUCCUCCGACGUUCCAAAAUCAUGCAUGGUAGGCUAACAUGACCCUCAAAAUUCUCCAUAAGUGUGAAAGAUUGUUUAUUUGUACUGUAUGUGCCCUGUGAUUGGCUGGCAACCAGUUCAGGGUAUAGACCCUACUCACGUGACCUCACAGCCACGCCCCCGCGCCAUGUUGUCCGUAUACUCGUCAUGUUAAUGCAUUAGCGCUUCGUAAAUUCCUCCUAUUAUGGCGUGUUUUUCUGCUCGUUAACAUUAAUAAUCAAAAUGGUGAAGUCGUGUGUGGCGGUCGGUUGCAAAAACAGAGAAGAUAGAUGGAGAGACUUGAAGUUUUACCAUAUUCCGAGAGACCCGGAGAGGAGAGCGAGAUUGACUGCUGCAAUUCGACGAGAAAACUGGGCUCCAAACGACUACCACAGAUUAUGUAGUAGUCAUUUUAUAUCUGGUAAGAUGCAUUUAUUAUAUAUUUAGAGGGUUUUGGGCUGACAACCACAAUUAAGAUCAUUGCUAGGCUAAUCGCCGACAACAUACACUCAGACGUUGUGAAUGAACUACCUAAAAAAUAUAUCAUUAUAAGUAGGGAUGGGAAUCGAAAUCCGAUUCCAAUUCGGAACCGGUUCCGAGUGUUUCGAGGCCUCGACGUCACAAUGAAAAAGACUUAACGAUCCCUUUAACGAUUCCUAAAGACGCGUAUUGCGUCGUGACGUGUCUUGUUGUCCAGACGCAUCAAACUAGCAUGGCGCCAAGAACCACUCGCUCCAAAGUUUGACUACACUUCACCAGGAAAGAGUGUGAAAAUGAAAGGUUACGACAGGUAAGCACGAGCAUUGCAGCCAUAAACAUAACAAUGACAGCACGUAGGUUCAAACGCUCGAAAGUGUGUCUUCACUUCACGAGGAAAAAUUACAACAAAGCGACUUGCAGUCAUUGCAAGGUGGAGAUAACUGCAUUGGGAGGGAAUACGACUGCACUCUCCUCACAGAGAGGCUAAGGCUCAGUCCUGGCUAUACAGCUAGCUAAACUCCCAAAUGACUAUGCAGAAGACGUUGGUAUAAUUUGCUGACUUUAUUCAACCAUCACUUGAAGAGUGAAACUAAGAAUAGAAAUGAAACAAAUCAAUUUCGUCCCCAAUAACAGGUUUGCAUCAACGUAAAUCAGCGAUGAUUAGCUGCUAAUAAUAGUCAAAACAAAUGGUUAGCAUUCGUUCGCUAGCAUUAGCACAUCGUUCAAACCACUACACAACUGGAUUUAAUUGUCCGAUCGCAAGUGGAAACACAACAACAACAACACAAAAGAUGAUACAUACAGGCGUUGCCUCUGUAGAUAUUAACAUUAACAAAGAACGUAGGCUCGUAGAAGUGUUUUCCUCUCUCACUAACUCGCCCACUCGCUUGGAUGCAUCAUUUCUUCUUCGGGUGUAAGCACGCUCUUCUUCAUGUGAGCGCGUUCUUCUUCGUGUGAGGAAGCGCAAGGGCGCCCCCACUUGAGCGUGUAAGCGCCACAAAAACUAAAAGGCAUGCAUUUCAAUGUAAUGGUAAAUAAUACACGUUAACCCAGCAGUCCCCAAACUGCGGCCCGCGGCCCAAAUACGGCCCGCCUCCACAUUUGGUCCGUCCAUUUUGAAAUUUUUUUUUCUCAAUCGUGUUAUUUAUUUCCUGGCCUUUUCCUUGAAGAAUUCAGAGAGGGUUAUUUGGUUAUUAUCUAUUUAAUUAAUAGUGUUUUUAUUAUUAAUUAUUAUUAUUAUAUCAUAUUAUUAUUUUUAUUGUAUUUACUUUCAUUCCGUGAAGAAUUCAGAAAGGGUUAUUUGAUUGUGGCUUUCUGAAAAACAUUAAUUUUUUACAUUUAUGCACUUCUGCAAUCGUCACACUUUUUCUGUUACAAACUGACCCCGGCCCCUCAUCAGAGAAGGGAAAAGUUAUGUGGCCCUCACAGGAAAAAGUUUGGGGACCCCUGCUUUAACACAUUUUGCCAAAGGCAGAACAACAACCUAUCUGCCAAUAUAUACCAAUAUUUUUUAUUUCUAUUAGAUAAAUGUUUCAGUAAAAUGUUACACAUUCUUGUGUAUUUGCCACUUAUUGCCACAGUCAACAUUGAGGUUUUGGGUCUCUUUUGAUCUCGUUGUGAGUUUGUAAGGUUGUGACUUCUGAUUAAACAAACUCGAUGCCAAUCAAAACGUUUGUUCUUCUUUUUCCCCAAAUUAGAAUCGAUAAGAGAAUCGAUAAAGAAUCGAAUCGUUAGGCAAUAUCGAUAAUGGAAUCGGAAUCGUAAAAAUCCUAUCAAUUCCCAUCCCUAAUUAUAAGGGGAUAAUAAGACAGUUGUCAUACAAUUAAUUUACAAUUUCACUAUUGAGGUCAAAAGCCAAAAAAUAAAUUCAACUAGGGACAAUCUGGAGUAGUGCUAUCGCACUUCAUAUUUAUUACAUAUUAUAUAUGUAUGAAGUGAGAGUGCUAUCGCUAAACCAUAUAAACAUUAAAAGCCCUAGCUCCAUUGACAAAUGACAUGAAAUACAUUUGGACUUGACAGUGGAUGUUAGCAAGAACAAAAGAUUUUGAAUUGAAAAUUUCGUAACUCACCUUCCCAAGCACAAGAUUCCUGCCAAAUUUUCGUGUACGAGGACCUGUUUCACCCAACCAGCAACGUAGCAUUUAUAAGCCUCCAAGCUCUUAAAGUUUUUCAAACUUUCGUGAGAAUAGGCUGAUUUUGUGUGGACAAGAUAGUUGUAAAUAUCAGGGUCAGGCAAAGACGGCCAAGACAGCGGGUCGAAAAACAUCGAUUUAGGCAUCAAAUAUGGAUCUGGCGAAUGGAUAAACUGAAGCUUUUCCACAUAAUGCCUUUUAUGCAACGCAUCCAAUGAGUUUACAGCGUCAGAUAACUCCGGGGCUUCCAUGAAUUGCUCUAUAACUUGCACGACUAAUUGAAAACAAUGAGAAUAGGUCUAAAAAAUACGGACAAUAUGGCGGCCGGAUACAGCGACACGUCAUUUUGUGACAUAGGUGAGUAGGGUCUAUACCUUGCCCAAAGUGAGCUGGGAUAGGCUCCAGCACCCCCAGGACCCUUCUGACUAUAAGCAGUACAGAAAAUUAAAUAAUUUCCGAAUUAAUCAGGUAAAAAAAUAUUGGGGAAAAAACAAACAUAACAUACAAGCUAGCACAAUCUUAGCACUGCAGAGGUAUUUUCGUGCUAGUGGAAGUCAAUCACAGGAAUCGGCACUUCUGUUUUUUUUUCUUUCUUCACCUGUGUGCGUGUCUGUCUGUGUAAAUGUCUUUUUGCACAGAAUGAGAAGAAGGAGGAAGCAGUGAAUUCCACAUCCUACAUUUCAACCAAAGAGAAUGAGGACCACUUUUGUUGUUCUUCUUUUGGCUCUUCAGCUGGUCGCCAUCAUAAAUCAAAAGUGUCCCAUAUACCAACACAGCAAGAGAUCCCGGACACCACACAUUUGAGAAUCACUGCGAGUGAUUGAAUGGAAAAGGUACCGUUCUCGCACACACCAUAUAAUUGUUUGCAUUAGUAUAACACAUUCAUUUAACUAUAGUUUAGGCAGACUUCCCUCAGUGGCCUUGAACACAGUAAAGUGAAUCACCUUAUCGGCGCUCAUGAGGGGGAAAAGGAAAAAUGGUACCGUUUCUCGUAGGCACUGUCUAACUGUUUGCAUUACUUGAACACACGUAAUAUAAUCAGUCAGGGAAUAGUAUCAUUUCUCAUAUUCACUGUAGGACUGCACUACUCUAACACACCUAAUGUAAAAUAAAUAGCACACCAUAGUUUAAAGAAACAGCAUAGAUACACAACGCCAUCUUAUCACAGAAGCCCAACGUGGGCACCACGAGCAAGAUUGACGCACCAACUCUGGCAAUCAGUCCUCCCGACAAACGUACAAGGACAAAGACCAGCGCGCUUUGUCCUAAAACAAGUAGUCCCAGCCCGGAUAACAAAGUUGAUAGCAGGCGCUUGUGAUGUCAAGACCAGCGUCGGUCGCUGUGGCAACCACAUCUCAUCCACGCACGAACCUAUACAGCCCGAAACCGGAAAGAGAGGGAUGAUCCCAAAGCAACACCCGGACACACCUUCGGCCGGCCCACAGACUUAAAAAACACUGGACACUGAGAUAAGACAGAUUUGCUGCUCGGAAACAUCUGCUAUGUAGCCUUGCUUUGGAUUCAGCAUUGUUCUCUGCGUCGUCUGUUUUUGCCUUGUUUUUGACCAUUGUCGACGAAUAAAUUGUCAACCUGUUUCGAUGAGUCUGAACCUUGGGUACAAAGGGUUAAAAUAAGAAGAGAACACGCCAAGUUCCGCCUUCCCGGUUGGCGCACGCGAGGCAGCAUCGGCCGAGCGGCACUUGUUUUGGCUGUCGCUGUUUCCGUGCGGCUUAGCUGGGGAGGCGAAUUUCAACAUAAACCUAAACCUAAAAAAAUCUGAAUUAAAAUUUUUCGCUCAUAAGACUGUACUGUAAUAAAUGUUGAAGAGCAAAAAAUUCUAAAACAUUUACAUGUCUAUCACUGUGUAGCACUGGAUGGAAACAUGACCUUUCACAACUAGCCCCUCUUUGUUUUUUAAUGUACAUUACCAUCAAUGGCAGCCAGUCACUUAAAUACAAAUGUACUAUACUUUAAAGUUAAAUACAACUGAAUUGCCCUUAACAAUUGUCCGGAGAAAAAAUUAAACCAGUGAAAUAUUUUGGACAGUACGAAUUUUUCAUUAUAUGAUUCUUUUGUAUGCCACUAGAGAGAUCCCGGACACCACAAAUUUGAGAAUCACUGCUAGUGAUCAAUAAAAAUACUGUAUACUACAAUAUGGCAUUUUAACAGUCGUGUGGGUGUGCAUGCAUGCCUUAUUACCUGCCAUCGAGCAGCAAAGCAUCCGUCUAAUGCAUGCACGUGUCAUUAUCUCAGGUUUGAGCUGCACCAACGACUACAAUCGAAACAUCACGUGCAUCUGGAACUGCUCGGAUGCAUGCACAGGCGGUAGCAAAGCAGCAUGCAGUGUACACGCGCAAAGGAUUAAAUCUGUUAGGAUAUACAAGUCCUGGUGUCUUCUCAAGCCGGUGGAUGUGUCAGCACCUUCUUCACUACAAACAUGUUCACUCAUCUUUCACAAAGAUGGCAUUUUUUCGUCAUACCAUGAGCUAAAGGUGUGGAUCAACUGCUCACAAGUGGUGAUGACCUACCGGCCGGUCUGUCACGUGAAACUACCUCCGCCAGGGAAACCACAUAUAAACCGGACUACCAUUUCCUGGGAGGCAAAGCAUGCAUGGAUGUCGACGUUCCAAUUCCAGCUGGAGUGGAAGCUUGCACAUGAGCGCUGGAAUGGAGCGUCAGUACACAGAGAGAUCAAAUCCCACAAUCAGUCCGAGCUGAGCCUGAUCCAGUUGUUACGAGGCGCAAAGUAUGAGGCUCGCGUUCGGGUAAGUGCUAAGGUGGACUUGUCGAAUGUGGAGUGGCACUGGAGCGAUUGGAGCAACUGGAGCACCACAGCACUGUGGACAUCUUAUGUCGGGGAAGUGGCGGUGCAGCCUCCUAAUACCAAGUCAUACUCCUUGUGGCUGGUUUUGGGGUUGAUGGUCUCAGGAACGGCCUUUGCAGCAUUCCUUGCCCUUUUGGUCUUCAGCACGGGGAAGACCACCUGGGUUUAUGCAUUUAAGAAGAUUCGAGGUCCACUGCUUCCAGACCCCGGGAAAUCCUUCCUGCAGAAUAAAUGGGCAAGUCCUCCUUUCAGCAAAGAGUCUUUACAGUCCUUCUUGGGGCCAGUAGACAUCCUCCCGGUGAAGUCUAUUGACUGUGUAGAACUUGAAACCCCUGGAAACCUUUUUUACCCUGAAGGUCUACGGGAAAAGACCAUUACAAAGACCACCAGAGACAGCUUCUUCACCUCGAGGAGCUCCCAGCAGUGGCAGUCCCCUCCACCUCUGGCCUCUCUCACUUUGGGCAAUUUGAAACAGUGUGCUCCUGAUUCACCCUACGCAGCCGUGGGGGCUCUCGCAAAGCAGGAUGGUGAGAUGAACAACAUUCGGAACCUUUUGGAACCUCUGGGUAUGUUCUCCAAUGGAAGCAAUGAAGCUACGCUAGUUAUUUCGGACUAUGAGAAGAUCGCUAAACUUCAGAAUCAGCCUUUGGGAGAAGAUGAAGAGUCAGAAAGUAAGCAUGGAGGUGAAGUAAGAUCUCUGUUUGGAGAGAUUUUUAUUGAAGGCUCCAUUCAGCUGAGUUUGGACUACGAAUAUAUCCAGACGGUUCUACCCCUCGCCGACGGCACCGAGCUUCCCAGUGCUGAUUCAGGCAUCGGCAGCGCGGGUGAGGAGCAUAGAAGCCCUGAGGAAAGCAUGGAGAAGAUCGAGAUAGAAGCCACAGACCAGAAAGUUCCUCACCAUGCGCGGAGGGUUUCACCCCAAGUCCAGCACUCUGAGGCUAUACACUGGUGGAAAGAGAGGGAGGGAGGCAGGGAGGAAGGCAGAGGACGACUGAGCAUUAAGUCCACAGAGCAGAAUAAACAUUGAAAACCCUACAAUUUAUCAUUGCUGCUAAGUGAAUAGGCGCGUUGACAAAAUAGCUAGCAAGCCCGCCUUGCAGUUCUGAGAUUGUAAGUUCAAUCCCAGCUCCGGCCUGGAGUUUGCAUGUUCUCCACAUGCCUGUGUAGCACUUUCUCCGGGUACUCCAGCUUCCUGUUAUAUCCUAAAAAUAUGUACUGUAGGGUGACUGAACACUCCAAAUUGUCCGUUGGUGUGAAUGUGUGAAUGGUGGUUUGUUUCUAUGUACCCUGCGACUGAUUGGCAACCAGUUCAGAGUGUACCCUGCCUGUUGCUAGCUGAGAUGGGCUCCAGCACCCCCACCACCCUCGUGAGGAUAAGCGGUUGGGAGGAUGGAUGGAUGAAUGAAUGAAUGAAUGCUAAGUGAAAAUCUGAGGAAUGCCCAAUGAGAGUGGAGAAGAGGAGGAACAGACAACCUUGAGGAACAAACCCCUACAUCCGACAUCAAGAAAUCCUACCAGUGGCUGGACCACGCUAGACUAACAAUAAACACUGAGGCACAAGAGCACAUGGAACAAGGGCUGUAGAGGCCAAGAUCCUCCAGAACUGGUCAGACCUGAGCAGAGGUUGCGCUAGACAUUUUCGUUGUCUGUCAUUUUGACUGACAGGGUCAUAAAAAUCCAGUCAUAAUCUAUUUUUAGCAGUCACUUAAAUUUUUAAAAUGAUAAUGAUGACAUAUUCAAUAGUAUUUAGUUUUCAUUCAUUUUUAAUUAAUAUUGUAACGCUUGCUUGGCGGCGAAAAAUUAGACACGGAAGUUGUAUUUUUCUCCCUCUUUUUACUCUGCUUACCGCCAACACCAACAAAACAACUCCACUCCCAAAGAAAAAGAGGCAACUAUAUAGACCCCAAUCACCAAUGUCACGCAAUGAUCUUAAUUGUGGUUGUCAGCCCAAAAUCUUCUUAAUAUAUAUUAAAUGCAUCUUACCAGGUAUAAAAUGACUACUACAUAGUCUGUGGAUCGUUUGGUGCCCAGAUUUCUUGUCGAAUUACAGCAGUCCAUCUCGCUCUCCUCUUCGGGUCUCUCAGAAUACGGUAGAACUUCAAGUCUCUCCGUCUAUCUUCUCUGUUACUGCAACCAACCGCCACACACUUCUUCGCCAUUUUGAUUAUUAAUGUUAACGAGCAGAAAAACACGCCGUAAUAGGAGGCAUGUACGUAGCGGUAAUGUGUAAACACGACGAGCUGACGGACAAUAUGGCUGCUCC